AUGUCCUAGAAGAAAAAUAAAAGUAUGAAAAAAGGAGUACCAAACUUUUUACUCAAAACCUACAACAUCGUUAUGGUAUUAAACAAUUUAUACAUCUACGAAUAUUCCUAAAUUGAUCAUCAGAAAUUUUGAUGAUUUUAGGAAUUAAAUUCUCGAAUUAUUAAUUAUAUUCAUUUGAUUUUUAAUAAAUUUUAGAAUCCAGAAAACGAAGAUAUUAUUGGAUUUACUGAUAAAGGAAAUGCAUUUGUAGUUAAAGACCAAACCAAAUUAAGUAAUGAGAUUCUACCAACUCAUUUUAAACAUCAUAAUUUUAGUUCUUUUAUAAGAUAAUUAAAUAUGUAUGGAUUCAAGAAAAUUCGUAAUGUUAAUAAUCAAAAUGAAUUUAGUCAUUAUUAUUUUAGAAAAAAUAUGGAGUAUUUUAACUAUUUUAAUUUAGACAUUUAUUAAUCAAUAUACCAAGAAGAAAUGGUGGUAUUAAAAACAAAAAAGAAAAAUCAAUUAAAGUAAAAAAUUACAAAGUGAAAUAAAUUCAAGAAGACUUAUUUGAGAAAUAUAAUUCUUUAAAAUAAGACAUUUAAAAUAUCAAUAUAGAAUCAAAUUUCAUAAAUAAAUAAGUAGAAUAGGUAUUAUUUUGUAAUGCUAUUAGUUUUAAAACACUUAAUCCACGCUGCUUGAAUCCUAUCAUUCUUUAUUUAUGGAAUUUAGUGUUAUAAAAAAUAAGCGCCAAACCUAUAAUGAUUUAAUGUGUUAAUUGCUAUUUAAAUUAACCAACACUUCUCCUAAUGACUAAUUACAAAGUAUUAAAAUUAAAUUAAUAUUUUAGACAUGGUUUAAAAAUUCAAUAAUACAAAUUAAAAUACAAUGAGCAAUGGAGCUGGAAGCUCUGAUAAUAAUAAUGAAUAGAAUGGAGGAUCUAGUAAAGAUGGUAAUUUAAAUAUUUUUAUAUUCUAGAUACAAAUUAGAGUAAUGCAAGUAACCAAUAAUUAGAAGAAGAAAGAAUAAAGGCUGUAUGA